AUGGCGUGGUAUUGUUCCGGCUCAACCAACAUUGAACUGGUGGAGAACCUGUUCAAGGUCGGUCUGAUCAAAAAUGAACGAGUGAAACAAGCUAUGAUCGGCGUGGAUCGCGCCCACUAUGCCCCGUCGCGCCCAUACUCGGACUCCCCCCAACCCAUUGGGUACGGUGCCACCAUUUCCGCACCCCACAUGCAUGGCCACGCGUGCGAGUACCUCAUCGACUACUUGAAACCCGGGGCACGGGUGUUGGAUAUUGGGUCGGGCUCUGGAUACUUGACUCAUGUCCUGGCCAACCUCGUGAUAGACUCCUCCGACACUGGCCCGGGCCAGGUUAUUGGCGUGGAUCACAUCCCGCAACUGGUGGACCUAGCCCGGAAUAAUAUGAACAAGUCAGACAAGGGCCAAGAACUACAGGCUUCCGAGAAGGUGCGGUUCAUCACGGCCGACGGGCGCCUGGGAUGGAAGGACGGGGCUCCGUAUGAUGCAAUCCAUGUCGGCGCAGCUGCUGAAGAGCUUCAUUCCGUUCUGGUGGACCAACUGCGGGCUCCCGGCCGGCUAUUUAUUCCGGUGGAGGCGGAAAACGAUGGGACCACCCUGAGUAGCCUCGGCCUGGGCGGAGGGCAAUACAUCUGGGUGGUCGACAAAAAGGAGGAUGGUUCGGUCCAGAAAGAGAAGGUCUUCCAGGUCAGCUACGUGCCCUUGACAGACGCCCCGAGUGCAUGA